UAGAGCAGAUGGAGUUUAAAUUCAUUCGUGCCAGUGAGAUGGAAGAGGAAGCACACGGUGCCUGGAAACGGAUUUACCCUCACAGACUCUUCUGAACUAACUGCAAGGCACCGACGUGCCGUCAAUCGCAAGGCUAUACAGUGCAGACAUAUUGACUGACCAAGUCUUGACUGGCAUUUGCCUCCAGCCUCACUCACUGUCCAGGCUCUGUGGAGCACACAGACUUUGAGACUGGCAGGUCAGACCCCGGUCUCCUGAUCCGGACCGGAGUAAACAGACAAAACCGAUUUGAUGAUCCCAACACAAACACGGGCACGUGGGUCAGCGCAUGGACAUCUCUGUUGAAUCACCGGGACAAACAUGAGGACUUAGACGUGUUUUAGUGACACAUCACUGAAGAGGACCACAAGGCAAAGAUCUCUCAGGCAGGACAGGAUACACAUGAGGAGAUUGACCAUGCACUGACAGAAAGGCAUGGAAACCAUCUCCGGGGAAACGGGCUGGGAUAGAUUGGGCCGGCCCUCUCUGGCGUCCGUGGCGACAGGAAGAUCCAACCUCACUUCCUCCCUCUCCUCCGACUUCUCGUCGCUCAAUGGUUCCCACGGAGGCGCGGGGUCCUAUUACUGGAUAAUCCCUGAGAACGCCACGUCCACCGCGCCCUACGCCUCACCCCAGCCAAGGGGGAGAGAUCUGGGCCUGGCCCGGGCAGAGAUAGGGGUCCUGGGCUUGGUGCUGGCCCUGACCACCCUGGGGAACGGCUUUGUGCUGUGGGUGUUGCUCCGGAGGCGGAAACACAAUGCACCCAUGCACUUGUUUAUGGUCAACCUGUGUCUGGCUGACCUGGUGGUGGCGCUGUUCCAGGUCCUUCCCCAGCUAGUGUGGGACAUCACUGAAAGGUUCCAGGGGCCUGAUUUCCUGUGUCGCUCAAUAAAAUAUCUUCAGAUCGUAGGGAUGUUUGCAUCCUCUUAUAUGAUCGUAGCUAUGACGGUGGACAGGCAUUACGCUAUCUGCUGCCCCCUGCAGGCGUACCGUGGCGGGUCUGUGUCACGCUGGAACACCCCUAUCAUGACCGCCUGGGGCCUGGCUCUUCUGCUCUCCAUACCACAGUUGUUCAUCUUCUCGCGGUCCGAGGUGUCUCCGGGAGAGUUUGAGUGCUGGGGUCAGUUCGCUGAGUCGUGGGGUCUCAAGGCGUAUGUCACCUGGAUGACAAUAGCAGUGUUUUUACUGCCAGCGCUGGUCAUUACCGUCUGCCAGAUCCAGAUCUUCAGGGAGAUUCACAACAACAUCUACCAGAAGUCCGAGAGGGUGGCGUCCGCUGAGCUGAAGAAGGACAGGGCCGUGAUCUUCCGCUUCCACGCCAUCAGAAGUGAGGACGACACAGUGCCCAGGGAGCGGGGCAGAGGCGGAGGGUCGGCGGGGACACACCCCCUUAAAAGUUUGAAGCACAGCCCCUCCUGCUCUCUCUGCAACUGCCCCCCCCGCCAGACCACGCCCCGUUCAGACUGCCAUGACUGCCGGCGCCCCUGUCCACAGCACGGCAACCGUCCCGACGACCACACGGCGGAAGCCGCACAGCCACAGCCUUUCAAGCCCCUCCCCCCUGGCCCCGAUGAUCCGAGGGGCCCCGGUUCGGCCCCGGUCCCUCCGUCAUGUGACUCAGGGGUCGGUGGAUGGGCCGGCACAGCAGCUCCCAACAAUGGCGGCUGCUACUCCCGCGAGUCCCACUCGCCCUACGAGCUCCCCUGCUCCCACCGUGCCCCCCCGGAAUACCCUCCCUUGCCCCCCCUGGCCCUGAUGCCCCCGAGCAUCUCCAAGGCCAUGUCCAAGACGGUGAGGAUGACUCUGGUGAUCGUGAUGGUCUACACAGUCUGCUGGUCACCAUUCUUCAUCGUCCAGCUGUGGGCCGCCUGGGACCCCAACCCGCCUGACCAAGGUGUGGCUUUCACCAUCCUGAUGCUGCUGGCCAGCCUGAACUCCUGCACCAACCCGUGGAUCUACACCUGCUUCAGCAGCUCCGUGUCCAGGGAGCUACAAGCCCUGUUACGCUGCAGGCCGAGAGCCUCCCGACGGGGCUCCAUACCGGACGACUCCACCACCACACACACCUCCACCACCAAGGACAGUCUCCACUGACACACCCACGCCCCCACGUCUGCCGACAAGACAUGUACGCCAAGGACAGAAAGACACGGAGAGACAAACACUGACACACCAACGCCCCCACGUCUGCCGACAAGACAUGUACGCCAAGGACAGAAAGACACGGAGAGACAAACACUGACACACCAACGCCCCCACGUCUGCCGACAAGACAUGUACGCCAAGGACAGAAAGACACGGAGAGACAAACACUGACACACCAACGCCCCCACGUCUGCCAACAAGACAUGUACGCCAAGGACAGAAAGACACGGAGAGACAAGCACUGACACACCAACGCCCCCACGUCUGCCGACAAGACAUGUACGCCAAGGACAGAAAGACACGGAGAGACAAGCACUGACACACCAACGCCCCCACGUCUGCCGACAAGACAUGUACGCCAAGGACAGAAAGACAAGGAGAGACAAGCACUGACACACACACGCACGCACGCUAGACCAAGGACGGCUUGUACUUUGUGUUUUACAGGUGCUUCUCACACCCACACACACACACUCACACACACCCCAGCACCUACAGUGCUGCAGGCCCCUUGGAUUGGGUGCGUUAGGACAGCCUGCGCUGACCUCCAGGCAGAAAACAUAUUUCCCUCAACACGGAAACAAGGACAGCUGUGUUAUGGCCGGGAAGGAAGGACCUCUGUGAAUCAUCCAUGUCCUGUCUGCCCGUCCGUCCAUCCGUCUGUUUCACUCGACGGGGCAGGAAAGUGUGUGUCUCUUACCCUCACCUAACCUGAGGUGGCUGCUGAAUAAAUGGAGAAACGUGAGUCAGCUGAGAGGAGAAUAAAACCGAAAUGAAGACUCACUACAGGACUGCAUAAUGGAAUAUGAAGACUUACUACAGGACUACAUAACGGAAUAUGAAGACAUACUACAGGACUACAUGACGGAAUAUGAAGCGAGACAGUCGUGGCUCUCGCUUUCGCUAUGAUACAAGUAUGGAGUAAGUGCUUCAGUGCGUUCGCAGCCUGAAUACAAAAUGCAAUCACGCCUACCAAGGCCAGUGAGAGGUCGAGUCGGCCUGGAAGCCUGGCCCUUCCAGGUAAUAAAAUCACGGCCUGGCACUUUCCACAUUGAUCGUAUGCUCUUUAUUGCUACUGAGUUGAAGGUCUCACGCCUGUCCAAAAACAACAAGCUCUUACCUUGGAACUCUUCUCUAACACCUGUUUUCCAGCGUCAGCUUAACUGUCCACUUGGGUACACGGCCGGGCGUGUUCAGGAAAGCAGUCACAGGGAAGCUGUUUUCUUUAUCUAAAUGUGCUCUUAUUUGUUGUCACGGAGGAAGCUGCAAAGGGGUGUGUCAAACAGAGGCACGCUCCCUGAAACUACGGGAAGAGUGCGUGCCACGGCCAACUUUGCCCGGAAAAGCCACGGCAGCACCGGCGCCGAUGACGUGCCAGGGCAUAGAGCGUUUGACCGAUCUGGACGAUUGGCUGGUAGUCACGCAGACAGGUGUCUGGGGUUCGGCUCCAUCCUCCGCCUCCGCGUCCAACCUCUGGGUUUUAGAGUGAACAUGGAAACAAACUGCCCCGGCGCCAACUUCGCUGGCUCGGUUUCUUUGGGUCUGGACCCAGAACUGGACCCACAUGUUCAUGCGGAGCCGCAUGUUUGCAACUAGUUUUACACUGUGUUGCGGCCAGUUUCAGUUUGUGUGGACGUUGUGUGGGGACAUUGCUCUCUCGGUGAGGAUCCUUCCUCCAUAUGUGUCAUACCUCAUUCCCUCCUUCAGGGAACCAGGUUUGUAGAUGUACAUUUUUAACCUGUGGUCCAAGGACCCCCCCCCCCCAGUGUCACUCUUUUUCUUCCAAAAAUAAUUAGGAGUAUUGUGGUAUAUGAGCAAAUUAACUUUUUGUCAAUGCACUUUGUAUAUUUAUAGGCUUGUAUCUAUUACUAUCAUUGAUGAAAUGAUUGACAUAUGAACUGCAAUAUAUUUUAUGUAAAAACAUUCUGUGACUCUGCAAAUGGUGGUCCUCAAAAGCUUUUGACUGUGAUUUGGUAUGAAAUGGUUGCGAACCGCUGUGAUACGAGUACCUGAAUUCUUAAUGUACAUAUAAUUUGCUUAUAUAUUGUACACACACAUAUAUAUCAACAGCUCAGCAGGAAAGGAAACUGAGAAAGCUAUUUGAAUGUUUCUUUGAAUAAGACCUCCAUGGAGUAUGAACCUACUGUUCUGUAUUCAUUCACAUGAGGCUUUCUUUGAAUAUCUGUCUCUGUCGAAACACGGGUUUGGUUCAAUUCCAUUUAAAUUCCAGUCAAUUGAGAAAAUGAACCAAACUCCACUUCAAAUUAGACAAAGAGACUUGGAAUUAUAUAUUGUGGUUCAUGAAUUGACGGGAAUUCAAAUGGAGCAGACCCAAACCCCUCGUUUAAACGGAACAGUACAAAACAAAUCAAAAUGGAAUCAAGGUUUAUUUGCAAAGUGGCCAGUUCACAGAGGUUACAGUAGGAAUGCGAUUCCCUUCACGGCUAAAGACGAUUCACGCCACACAGGCGGACAAGAAGAAUGGGUAGCGCGUGAACUGGAGCGUCUGACGGGACGGCACGCCUAAUGUACGGAGCAGUGCACGGGCUGACACUACACACAGAAUGCUGGAAGCAGCUGGAGACUGAGAGAGUGAGAGAAAAGGAGGGCGAGAGAGAAUCAGAAAGAGAAUAAUAGAAAAAAUGGAGCGAGAGAAUGAGGAGAGAAAGUGAGAAAGAGAGCAUGAGAGACGGUCAGAGAGGGAGAGAAUGAGAGUGUGAAAGACAAUGAGAGAGCGAGGGAAUCAGAGAGAGACAGGAAGAGAUGGUAAGAAAGAGGUAUGAAAGAGGUGGGAAUCAAAGUGAGAGAAUUCAAGAAGCAGAGAAUAUGAUAGAGACUGGAGACGAAUGUUCUUGGAAGUGGAACAUAAAGAGGACGAUAAGGAUGUCCUCUGGUCUGUAGGACGAGUGAAAGCUAAUAUUAUGGAUAAACUCCAGUAAAUCAAAAAAAAAGAAAAAAGAUUUUAAAUGCCUGAAGUGGAAUUCAGAAAUCCUCCUAUUCACCCAGGAGAGGGGUCUCUUGUUUCAAGGGAAGAACAAUGGUGGCUUGUGAAAGGCUAAGGAAAGAGGGGAAACAGUCAACGAUGCAAUAAGACCUGGAGAGGAAUCUGAAUAAAUACUCUGGAUAAACAAUACUAGACACAUGGGAGCAUAUUAAAGAGAGAGAAGCGAGAGAGGCAGAGAGGGAAAAGAUCAGUAAAUUAAUUUAACAGGCCACUGCUUCAAUGGUAAGCUGUAAUGUGAAUAUACUGUAUUUAAAAAAAAAAAAAUGCUUCUGAGCAGUUCACCACAGACACUGCCACAGCCGCUAGCUGCUGCCACGUCGGGGUGUCAAGCGAUUAACUCAUAAACACGAGGAAACGUGAGUCUUCACACAGCGGCGCGCGAGAGACUCCCAGGUUCACAGCAAACGAAUGAACUAUAACGUGUCAAUGUGCAAUAUCGCAUUGCUAAUAUGCAACGGAUUUGAUGGUGUCAAGUCCAUAGAGCAAAGUGACCUGACACAGAAACUAGAAAUAUCACAUUUUUCACAUCAAUGUACGAGCAUUCCGUGAAAUUCUAAAGACAAUGUUCACUAGAUACUCAAUUUUUAGUAUGCGCAAGUGUGCUUAAGAUUACUUUUAUUUUUGAAACUAAGAACGACAGGUUCCAUUGUGUGUUAUGGUAAAUACAGACGAUCAUUCAGGGGAAAUCAUGUUCCAAAUCAGCUUGGUUCCUGAUCUGUUUGUUCUGCUUUGUCAUUUCCUAUAGUCACUGUCAUAGCAACGUGGCACAAACAGAUCUGAAACUUGGCCAAAUCACUCAGCUAAACAAAGUGACUCUAUUUUUAUAGCAGGAAUAUAAUAGCAGAGAGUUGCCUUGCUAGCAAGUUCUUUGGUUUGCUUGUGCUGUCUUGCCCACCGCUAAUAUGAGCGGUCACUUGCCCAAGGAACUACGAAAAGAUCUGGGACAAAGCUAGGGCUUUUCUAGGAUCCUGUACUCUGCUCCCAGUAGAGUACAAUAUUUAAUUUAUUAGAGGGGCUUCCCUACUAGAACAAUUAAAUACAGCAUUCACUGUACUGGAGGGGCCUCACUCAAAGUAAAAUUGAAUACAGUAUUUGCUGUUGUAGAGGGGCCUCAUUGGACAGUACGAUACUGAGUUACAGUUUAUUUGGAAUGUCGACAUUACCACUUGAAGAUACACUACAUCAUACCAAUGAUAUUCAUAAUAAUAAACUAUCAAAAACUUAGUAAAUGCUUGCUAUGAUUAAGGUCAGGGUUAGGUUUAGAAUAGGUGUUAGCAUAGGGGUUAGGGAAAGAGUUAAGGUCAGAGAUAGGAUGAGGUUUAAGGUCAGGGUUAGUGUUAGUAGAUAUUAGAUAGUUCAUUUAAAUUGUUCUUGAUAGUAUGUAGAUAUGUCUGUAAAGCAUCUUCAGACUGACCAUCCGAAUGAAGUGUUACAGUGAAACCUCCCUCCCAGGACUACAUAAUUAUACACUUCCUGUAGUAGAUGGGGCAACAUUUUUGGAUUAAUGUAACUAGAUUAUAAUUAGGCUGACAGACAAACUACAAAGAGCAGGGAUCCGUUUUUUAACAUGUUAGAACUCAAGUCAUGCUAUAUGUUCCAGCCAUGUUUAAAUAUCUUAUUUAUGUUAUGUCUAAAUAAAAGGCAAUUGGAAAUAA